ACAAAGCAAUGUUCGUCGUGACCUCUUUUUGGAAACAAAUUUGCAUUUCCAGAACGGACCAAUACUCCAAAAUAAUGUGAAGAAGGAUUUCCAACAGCGCCAGGUUCACAAUGGAUCAAUACAAGGCACUGGGCCACAUCGGCGAAGGGGCCCACGGGGUCGUGACGAGGGCCGUUCACAAAGCCACGGGAAAAGACGUGGCAAUGAAAAAGUUGUACUUGCGACGGCCGGACGAAGAGGUGCCUAUUCAAAUUCUCAGGGAGAUCAAACUGCUGCAGAAAGUGCAGUGCAAAUAUGUGAUUAAACUGCUGGAGGUUUUGCCACAGGGCAUCUGCUUUGUUCUUGUUUUCGAGUACAUGCCCACAGGACUGGCGGAAAUGAUCAAAGACCCGCAAAGUCCUUUGACUGAGGCGCAAAUCAAAAGAUACUUGGAGAUGCUCCUUCAAGGAGUUGAAUAUCUGCACUCGCAAUAUAUAAUGCACAGAGAUUUGAAACCAGCGAAUCUCUUAAUUAGCUACAAAGGUGUUUUGAAAAUCGCCGAUCUUGGUCAAGCCCGUUUGUUUGACUUGAAGGCCAACGAGAAAAGACCCUACUCGCAUCAGGUCGCGUCGAGAUGGUACAGGGCGCCGGAACUAUUGUACGGCGCCAAGAUUUAUACUGAGGCUGUGGAUAUUUGGGCUGUCGGCUGCAUCUUUGGAGAAAUGCUAAACAGAGCUCCACUGUUUAGGGGUGCAAGUGAUAUAGAGCAGCUCUGUGUGGUGCAGAGGAUGAUGGGAACACCAAGCACAAGAGAUUGGCCUGAAUUAGAAACGCUUCCAGAUUACAAUAAAAUCACUUUCACACCAAUGAAAGCUCUGCCCUUUGAAAAGAUCAUCCCCAACUGCAGUUCUUCCACAUUAGACCUCACGAAAAAAUUCAUAGUUUAUAACCCGAGCUUACGCAUUUCUGCAAAGAAGGCACUGGAGCAUAAGUAUUUUUUUAGUAUGCCCCUGCCGUGUCCAAUGCCGGACAUGCCCAAGCCAUUUGAUGGUCACAGGGAAAAGUUCAACCAAGAUUCGCCUGAUGUCGGCGGCCCGAGUGGUAUUUUCAAUAAUUUUGACAAAAUGCAAAUAAUUUAAAAAUAAAAAUAUUUGGCAUUUAUC